UCGACCAAUGAGAUUACAGUUUUAUUCCAUAGGUUUGGUUCCGGAGUGGCCCGUUAUUAUUUUAAGUAGCAGGUUAAAAUCGGUCUAACUCCCUCCGGACAAUAUGAAUAUGUAUGCUGUGCCCAGCCCGGGAAUACCAGGCUGUCCCCCAGGAUUAGAGUACCUGACACAGGUGGAUCAACUACUCAUCAAACAGAAAGUUGAGCUUGUUGAAGCCCUCAUUGGCUUUGAAAGCAAUAAUAAGUAUGAAGUUCGUAACGUCAUGGGCCAGAAUGUCUACUACGCUGUCGAGGAGAACGACUGUCUGAGUCGACAGUGUUGCGGUCCCCUUCGCCCCUUCACCAUCCACAUCCUUGACAAUUUUGGACAAGAAGUCAUCACCAUCACCAGACCACUGAAGUGCAUGUCUUGCUUCUUCCCUUGUUGUUUACAAGAGCUGGAGGUGCAGGCUCCCCCCGGCAACACAGUGGGCUAUUUGAUACAACAAUGGCAUCCUUUCUCCCCUAAAUUUAUUGUUGCAAACGAACACAACGAGCCUGUACUGAAGAUUCAUGGGCCUUUCUGUGGAUGGAGCUGCCUUCCAGAUGUUGACUUUGAGAUUUUGACAAUGGAUGAAGUCAGCAAGAUUGGAAAAAUUAGUAAGCAGUGGACAGGGCUUCUUAGGGAAGCAUUCACAGAUGCAGACAAUUUUGGUAUCCAGUUUCCCAUGGAUUUGGAUGUGAGAAUGAAGGCUGUGAUGAUCGGUGCAUGUUUUCUCAUUGAUUUCAUGUUCUUUGAGACAACUAACUAGGAGCCAAACCGAAUUUCCAUGUAACUUUUCGUGGAAGAGCGAGGCCACAAAGCCAUGAUGAUUAGCCCCAAAUGCCCUAACAUUGAACAACCUUCAAAGAGAUAGUUUAAAGAAAGUACCAAAGGGUACGUCAAUGUUAACACUUUGCAUGUACAGUGAAACAGAAGGUUUGUUUUAGGCUUAGCUGCUCAGGUUUGUUGAAAAAUUGUGCCACUUGGCUGAAGUGCACAAUUAAGUUUUAGUUUAGACAAUGUUAAAGAUUUCUUUAUUAUUAUUGUUUUAUUUAUUUAUUUAUUUAUUUUUUGCUGUGUGUUUUACAUUGUAGUCUAUGAUUCUAUCUGGGCCCAAAACUCUUAGCUACUACUACAAAAUAAAUUUUAGCAGAAAGAUGCAUUCAUAUACAAGUAAAUGAAAAGGGAACACAGUUACACAGUUUGUAGGAAAGAAAAAACACUUUGGUGUCAUUAUGGUUAGUAUGUAGUCCUCAUAUGUGAUUUGGUCAUACUACAAGUGAAGAUGCUAAUUUACUUAAUCUACCCUGCUUGCAUCUAUAUCUUGUGAGAACUAAGGGACUCAUUAAAUUUGGUUGUCUGUAGUUCUAAUAUCCAGUGCUCUUAGUUAUCACUUUAUGUUUUUGGUGUGCAGCGUUUUACAAGUGUUUGCGUGAGCUAUGAUUGUACUUGUCUGUGAACAUAAAUUAUCAUUUCAUAUGACAGUUUUUUGUUUGUUUGUUUUCCCACAAUAAUUAUGCUUUUUUUUUUUUUUA